GCAGGGCGGGCCGGCCCCGUCCCCGGCUCCGCCCCUCCCCACAGCCACGUGACCCGCGCGCCGGGCCCGAGCCGGCCGCUUCCGCGGGGGCGGGGCGGAGGAGCUGGUCCGCAGGCGGCAAGGAGAUGGAGGAGAGGAAAAUCAAAAGGCGGAGCCCCAAGGCAGCCACCGCCCACCCCGCGCAGGCCGCCGGCUCCAAGAAGAGCGCCGUGCCCGUCAGCAAGAGCACGGCCUUCGGCAACCCCGCCCCGCAGCCCGCCGCGCAGAAACCCAAGCUGAAGAGAGUAAUAAAAGAGAAAGCCAAACCUCCAGGAGGCGAAGCAAAAGGGGCACAGGCAGCACCAAUCCAGCACUCUUUUCUCACAGAUGUAUCAGAUGUCCAGGAAAUGGAAAGGGGACUUCUCAGCCUCCUGAAUGACUUCCACUCUGGCAAACUUCAAGCAUUUGGAAAUGAAUGUUCCAUAGAGCAAAUGGAGCAUGUGCGGAGUAUGCAGGAGAAACUUGCUCGCCUCAAUCUGGAGCUCUAUGGGGAGCUGGAAGAACUCCCUGAAGAUAAAAGAAAACUAGCCAGUGACUCCAAUCUGGAUAGGCUGCUAUCAGAUCUGGAAGAACUGAAUUCAUCUAUCCAAAAACUACAUUUAGCAGAUGCUCAAGAUAUUCCAAAUAGUGCCACAGGUUGAAAGAACAGCUUUCUCAAGUUGGGUUCUUGCUGCCUUUUUUUUUCCCUGCCACUGGAAUCUAGAGUUGGUGGUGGUGUUCUAAUCAUCUUACACAAUGAAGAAUCAAAGUGCAAAUCCAAGUGUUUACUCUUGCGCAUUCCUCUUUGAGUACUGCAUUUGGUCAGGACUCAGUUUCUAGGGACUGAAGCAGGUUGUUGUGAUGGUAGUAUGAUUUAUAUUAUUGCCUUAUUUAAUGGGAAAAAUGGGGGGGAAUGUGGAAGGAAAUUUAUUCUGCUCAGUGUUGUUCAUAUUGUUGAAAAUGAUAUGUAUAUAAGUUCAUUUGCAUUUCUCUAAAUUUUCUGGAGGUAUUGUUCUUUUCCUGAUCGGUACAUAAACAAUCUGCAUGCUGUCCUUAGUGUGUUUUGUUUACCAGUACUGCCACUGAAAUUUUAAUUUAUUGUCAAAAGACAUUUUAAAUAUAAAAUUUUAUUUAGAGAUGGUGCUUUCUGUUCAGCUGUGUUAAGAAAUGAGUUCUUACAUGGUAUGAAGUUGCAAUUUACUUUUUCAUUACUGUAUAAUUAUGAAAUGUCACUAAAAAUUAGCAUGCAUGAUAGCUGUCCAUAUAUCUUAAGUUCUGUGAAAUUAAAAAAUUUGAUAGAUUUAUUGUUCAAUAAAUCCAGCAUAUGUAACUUU